GCUGUGCUGCAAGAUUGGAGGUGCAUGCCGAUACCCUCGUUGCUUCUACGGUUGUGGUUGUUGGUUUAAGGAUCAUGUAGUGUAUCCGUAUCAACAUUCACAGUGCGGACAUGCUGGCUUCUGAUUGGCCCAGUUCCCUCAACACCGACCGUCUGUUUACCGUCGUCAACACGCACAUCACCCCAACACGAACAUGGAUAACGCAGAUAUAUCGCCGCAGUUCAAAACAACGUCCCUGUCGGUCCCGUCGCCGAACGCCGCGCACGUUGCCUGUCUCUCCAGCACCCGCCUGCAGAUCCGAUGUCUCUCGACGUUCGAGGUCGUGCGGAGUGCCGCGCUCCCGUCCGACUUUGACUGCAAGAAGGCGUGCAUCGCAUGGUCACCGCCGCUGCCCUCUGCGCCGUCCACCCCUCGAUCGAGCCGCCCACAACCGCCCGCCUCGAACCGUGUCCUUGUGUUUGACGAAAACACCACGCGCGUCUACGACUUGCGCGACGACAAGUGGAGUGCCGUCAUCAGCAAUGGCUCGGGCGGCAUGGGCAAGAAUGUGCACGUCGAGUUUGGCGCAGGCGAGGACGAGGUGCUGGUGUGGAGCGACUUCGCGGCGUGUGUGAAGGUGUGGUGUCUGCGCACAGGCAGAGCAGUUGAGGUUAGAGACCCCAAGUUUGCCGGACGUGAUGGGAGAGGGUGGGGGUUCCGGCCGUCGGAUAGCGCGCGAGGGGGCGGAGUGCUGGCCAUGCUGUGCAGGAGCUCGGGGCAGGACAUACUGCUCCUCCUGGCGCCACGCACACACACCCUCCUGCGCCGCACUGAGCUGCCAACAGUCGAUGCGGCAGGCUUGAAAUGGAGUCGCGACGGCCGCUGGCUUGCCAUCUGGGAUGCGCCCUCUGCAGGCCACACUCUCUGCAUAUACACCGCAGACGGCCAUCUAUACCGAACUCUCUCGCGCGAGCCGUCAGAACAGGUCAACGAGUGGGGCGUCGAGGGUCUGGGCAUCAAGAGCGUCGAGUGGGUCCCGGGGAACGAGUGGCUCGCAGUCGGCGGCUGGGAUCGAAGGGUCAGGAUUCUGUCGACGAGGACAUUCACGCCGGUCGUCUUCCUCGAUCACACGGCGAGCAUCCACGUCCCCACUGCGCCCGUAUUCACAGAGACCGUCGACGCGCAGGGGAAUAGGAGUUACUUCCUCACCACCCAGCCGGCCACACCACCCAAAGCACCAGCGGAGAAGAGCGAGACAGGGGUGAUGAAGCAGGGCAUCAGCGUUCUCGCCUUCAACGGCGAUGGCACACUUUACGCGACACGGGACGACUCCACACCCACAACAGUAUGGAUAUGGGACCUGCGGAGUCUGCGCCCACGCACGAUCCUCAUCCAGCAUGCCCCGAUCAAAUCGCUGCAGUGGCACAAUUCCCACCUGCUCAUCCAGACAGCCCACGACUCACCAACGGUGUACCUUUGCACGGCAGAAAACCCCUCGCACGAACCCCCCGCUAUACUCGCCCUCUCGUCCCACAUCAGCAAGCCUGCCAGCUCCCUCCCCGCGAAAUGGAGCACCACAUGGCUCUCCACGCCUGCUGACAAGAAGCCCGUCUUCGCGCUCGCGCACCAGCAGGGCUACGUGCUCGUCUGGCCAGACGGCAAGGACCAGAUUCUGCGCUUCGAGAGAGAAGACGAAGCCGAGCAAUCUGACGAUAGCUUGUACGAGAUUCUAACGGGGAGGACCCCAGUGCCGCGAUUCAGAGGUAGUCAAGACAUCGAAAGAGAAGACGUGGAGGAGAGCAUAGCCUUCGAAGACACGUUUCGCGGGAAAGGCGUGCCAGACGGACGAGGCGAGAGCUGUUUCGACGAGAGCGGUUUGGACGAGAUGUUCUAGUUUUGUGAUACCCCAGGAUGCAAUACAUUCUCAAGACGAUGAUACCCGUUCGACUGACAUCCCUGCAACCCACACACACACGCGCGCCCAAAACAAGCUAAAGCUAAAAGCUCCACACCCACCCACAUGUCACCCAACCCACGCGUUCCCGCCUGACG